AUGGGAGAGAAAGACAGAGAACGGAGACACCGUUCCGGUAACAGUAAUCCAGGAGCGCAAUCCUCCACUAGUGACAGUCGAGGAGACCGAAAGAACGCCAGAAGAGAGAACCACAGCGGGAAGAGUACUGGCAGCGGUAGUACGAGCCGUACGGAUGAAGACAAGGACGCAAAGAGGAGGGGAAGAAGAACGGAUUCGAAGAAUUCCCCUUCUGUAGGAGCUCACUCUUCUUCUGCUUCCUCAGACAGAGCCAAUCGUAAAGAGAAUAGACACGGGUCGAAAUCUUCCGCUUCUGCCGGAGCUCACUCAGCUUCCAGUGCCUCUGAUAGAGCGACUCGCAAGGAGGCUAGACACCGCAACUCUGAUAACAGCGAAAACAAUGCCAGUGCAUCCCGCCCCAGUGAUGGUGGCGCACCGAUUCAAACGGCACCGUUGGAUGAUGGUUAUGCUGUGGAAGCAAUGGCAGUUAAUGAAUCUGAAGCGGACGAACGUGUUCGCAAGUUGGAAGAACAAAUGGCUGCCAUGGCGCAGGGAAAUCAGCCUGCUGUCGUUGCUGCAGUUAAUAAUAACGGUGUAAUGACUGCCAAUGUUGCCGUCCCUGACGGUGACAGCGAUGCCUCCACCGAAUUCGAAAGGGAGAGAACCUUCUUGCAGAAGUAUGGUUGUGGAAUCGGGAUUGCUUUGAUCGUAGCCAUUGGAGCAGGGGUUGCAGGAUAUCUUUUGAGCCAAGGAUCCGAUGAAUCAGCAGCAGUCACUUCCAGUCCUCCUACCGAUGUAGCUUUCAAGUAUCCUGCGCCCACUGAAUCUACCUGUGCCAGGAUCUUCACUGGAACAGUUGUGGAAACCGAGUUUAUGCGCUAUGUCGAUAUCGCAUUUGAAAUCAGCUUGGCUGCACCAGUUGCGACUGCGGAAGAGUCUGACAAAGGUCUUGCUGCUCUGAACGAGGCUCUACAACUCCGUUUCAUCCCUCUGCUCAUUGGCUGUCCUCCCAAGCCCGCCCGUCGGCAUUUGCAAACAGAUGAUGCAACGAAUCCUCUUCGUUACAUGAUUGCCGAUGCAAUCCAGGCCGAUGCGACUGUAUUGCUGGGCGACGAUGGCACAUGUUCCGACGAAGCACCAGAACCUUGUUUCAAGGCCGAUUAUCAGUUUGAGAUUUGGCUCAAGGGUGAUGAAACAUCUUUUAAUCUUUUUCAGCUCAUUUCCGAUCAAUUUGCUGCCAAUGCAGAAGAAACGCUUGCUCUUCCUUCCGAUGUUGUCACCAGUGUUAGACUUGGGAAUGUGAGGCCGGGUGAUCCACCUACAGGUGAUGAUACCACCGAUGAUGAUACCCCUGCGGACUCUCCAUCUCCUACCGCUGCUCCGGUCGCUGGACCAACACCAGCAGCCCCAGUGGUGAAUCCAACUCCAGCUCCUGUCUUGACACCAACUCCAGCUCCAGUGGUGACACCAACUCCAGCUCCUGUCUUGACACCAACCGAACCACCAGUGGUGACUCCAAACCCCCCCGAUGCUCCAGUCGUUUUGAACCCGACGGAACGGAAUGAUCUCUUGCGGACGAUCUUGUCUGGCAACACACUCAAUAACGAGGCCUUGAAUUGGCUUAGCAACGUUGAUACCUGGCAGCCGGAUAGGAGUUCGACCAAUGCAAACGCAAAUCAGCAGUGGAUCGAACGAUAUGUCAUGGUAGUCGUCUACAAUGCCAUGGGUGGAAACAAUUGGUCAUUCAACAAUGGUUGGCUUGAUACUAACAACCCCAGUUCGAUUUGCGCGGGUUGGAGGGGAAUCACAGGAUGCUUCAAUGGUCUUGUGACUUCAAUUGAAUUGCAAAACACGAAUCUCGGGGGAGUCUUGCCAACCGAGAUUGGUCUUCUCACUGAACUUGAAUUCCUAUUGUUGUUUGACAAUGCCAUACGUGGGACCAUACCUUCCGAAAUCGGUCAACUCACCAAUCUGAUUGAAUUGAAGGUCGAAAACAACCAGAUUACCGGCAGCAUUCCAACGAAUUUGGAGCUGCUCACGCGGGUGCUAAAGUUCAAUUUGUUCAACAACCGAAUGGGCGGAAGCAUUCCAAGCUCGAUUGGAUUCAUGACCAACCUUUUGGAAUUCGAAGUAGACCGAAUGUCACUUAUUGGGACGAUCCCUACGGAAAUUGGUCUGUUGACGAGACUGUCCAAUUUCCAUGCAUAUGAUAACAACCUACGUGGUCCGUUACCAAGCGAGGUUGGAAAUUGCUUGAACAUGUUGGAACUGAAGCUUUAUAAUAAUGGCCUGACAGGAACUAUCCCGGUACAAAUUGGGAUGCUAACCAGUAUCACGGAUCUCGGCUUGGAUCGCAAUGCUUUCGCCGGCACCAUUCCUUCCGAAAUUGGCAAUCUUCGCCUUGUCGAAAAACUUGAGCUAGAAGUGAAUCCACUUCUUACCGGAAGCAUCCCUACGGAAAUCGGACUUUUGACCAUGAUGACCGAUUUUGGGGUGUACGAGACGAACGUUGGUGGUAGAAUCCCAAGGGAAAUUGGCAGGGCAAUAUCACUGGAAUAUCUUAUUUUGCACAAUUCCGGGAUCGAUGGACCUAUCCCAAGCCAAAUUGGGGACUUGCGAAAUCUAUUGGAUUUCCACGCCUAUGACACGAACCUAUCCGGGCAGAUCCCGACCGAAAUUGGCAGAGCAACAGCACUCACUUCUCUGGAGCUAGAUAACACCAAUUUGGAAGGUUCAAUUCCCCAGGAAAUUAACAAUUUGGGAAACCUCGCAACGUUGCACCUGUAUGAAAACAACCAUGAUGGUCCCAUUCCUCGGCUACCACCUCUUCUUUCUGGUUCUGAGAAUUGUCGAUUUGACGGAAACUGUUUCAGCAAUUUGGACAACGCAGUUGCUCGAGGUUGUAAUGUUGGCGGUAAUUGCUUUUGA